AGCUCAUAAUUAAAUUUCAAUUCUGAUUAUGAGACUUUCAAUUCGUGUUUGCUUUGCAUUGCAUAAUUAUUCCAUUUCCUUCUGAGGUUCUGAAUUCUGAUUUUCUCAUUUCUGAAAUAUUGGACCUAUCAGACCGUUAUCAGAAUUGUUCUCGUUUGUUUUUGUUUACAACCUUGAUUCUUAUCAAUUCUGCGUGGUAUCAAUUUGACAGAUUCCCAUUCCCGGCCAUUUCCUCCGUUUUCCAAUCAUUUUCAAGUUUUCCUGUUUUCCUCAUUGAACUUUUUUGAUAGAAUCUAGUGCAUGAAAAAAAUAACGCAACAGCAUGGAGUCCGAAUCUAGAUCGACUGAAAUUAGUUAUCCGAGGGUUUCCAUCUACGUGGGAAACUUAGAUCAUCGUGUGGACGAGUCAAUAUUACUGGAAAAGUUCUCUGAAAUUGGACCCUUAUCAUCUGUUCGUGUAUGUAGAGAUAAAGUUACCGAAAAAUCUCUGGGAUAUGGCUACGUUAACUAUGAAAAUCCGGCCGAUGCCGAAGCAGCCUUACAUAAGUUGAAUUUUCAAGUACUGAAUGGUAAACAGAUGCGCGUUAUGUGGUGUCAGAGAAAUCCAGCUCUUAGGAAGUCAGGCGUUGGAAAUAUUUUCAUCAAAAAUCUCGAUAAAAGCGUCGACAGUAAAGAACUUUACGAAGUGUUCUCCUCGUUUGGUAAUAUUCUGAGUUAUAAAGUUGCUCAAGAUGAAGAUGGUAAUUCCAAAGGUUUCGGUUUUGUGCACUUCGAGACGGAGAAAGCUGCUAAUAAAGCUAUCGAUGAAAUUAACGGCACGUUUAUUCGCUGGCAAAAAGUUGUCGUUACCAAAUUCGUGCCACGUAAUGAAAGAGGAAAAGAUUCAACACCUGAUACUAAGUCUGAUAAUGCGAAGUUUACAGCGAAUGUUAAAACUAAAACUCUUUCCAAAGCCGAACGAAAAUUGCAAGAUUUAAUGGAUUUGUUGCAAACAGAACUGCAAUGUAGCAUUUGUCAUGAGUUAUUUAGGGAGCCUUGCAUUACCGAUUGCGGGCAUAUUUUCUGCGACGAGUGCAUCGUAGAAUGGAAAAAUCAAAAUUGUUCAUGUCCUACUUGUCGUGCAGCUUUACUUAAACCAGAAAAGAGAGUGUUUGAAAUGAAUAAUUUUAUCGUAAAAGCUACCGAACUUUUAUUUAGUGGUAAAGAGUAGUGAAACAGUUCUUUUUUUUAUAAGAUGAGGCUGAUGGCCCAGUGUUCGUUUUUUAAAAAUUAUUAAUCGUAGUUAUUAUCUGUAUUAAGUACGUUGAUCUCUCAGAGUUUAUUUUUUUAUAUGCUAAGCUACUCAGUCUUUUGCGAAUGAUUUAUACCUACCUUAUUUUUUAGAGUUAUUUUAGUGUAAAAGUGUUUUCCUUUAUUUCAUAAUUUACCUACCGUUUUUCAAGAAAAAUCUUAUCGAUUAAU